UCUAAUUAGCCCAAAGAGUUUGACCCUCCUGCUGAGCAAGCUAGGUUGCAUGAACACAUACUGCACUACCUGCUGCUCAAAUGCAGUGCAGUGAUUUCACUCAGCUCAAGUAUUUUACCAAUAUGAGGAUCUAAAAAUAAAUUAGACAGCAAUUUCUGCACAAAGGCAGCAAAAGACUGUUCUCACUUUUAAUACAACCAUUAGUCAGUGUCCAUCAUGGUUCACGGGAAGAAGUUGGUCAAGGAGACGCUGCUGCAUUCUGUGCUGGAGGACAACAACGCGGAGGCAGAAAGUGACCAGCAGCAGGGGGAGCAAAGAGUGAGCCAGACAGAGGUUGACGUGCGUGGGCAAGAGGACCAGCACUCAAGUCCUGAUGGGAAUGCACAUGACAGAGGUGAAAGAGAGGGCAAGGGGAAAGGGGAAGAGGAAGAGAAUGAAGAGGAAGAGCUGGAAGGAGAGCAGAGUGCGAUCUGUGAGGACGAUUACGACACAGAUUUGGAGCUCGGAGGUAAGGAGGAAGCAUAUGACCUGACAGGGCGGUCAUGCUACAUGGAGGCAUGUGAAAAGUUACAGGUGGUACCGGCCUCUUACUUCCUGCAGCACAUGAACAAUAACGAGCUGUCUAUCAAACAUCGCUGUUUGGGACCUCAGGGCACCAAAGCACUGGCGGUUCCCUUGGCAACCAACACUUCAAUACUAAAGUUGAACCUGAGAGAUAAUUGGAUGGAGGGAAUGGGCGGAGCUGCUAUAGCCGAGAUGUUAAAGGAAAACUGUUACAUUACAGAGGUGGACCUAUCAGACAACAAUCUUGGAGAUUAUGGGGCCAAAGCCAUAGCUGGUAUGCUUAAGGAGAACACCACCCUCAUGAGCCUUACCUUGUCAGGAAACAAUUUCACAGACCAGUCUGCUGAAAAUCUUGGUCCAGCUCUUGUCACCAACACCAAGCUACAGCACCUUGACCUCAGCCACAAUGCUCUGGGAGAGCGUGCAGGGCAAAUCCUUGGGGACUCUCUGUCAGAGAACACAGGACUGAGAUCACUAAGUCUGUCUUGGAACUGCAUUACAAGAAGAGGAGCUGUGAUGUUGGCCAAUGGCCUCGGGGGAAACAUUUUCCUUAGAACAGUGGAUCUGUCAUUUAAUGGCUUUAGUAAAGAAGGAGCCGUCGCUCUAGGACAGGCUCUGAAAGAGAACAACGUUUUGGAGGAGUUGGAUGUGAGUAACAAUCGAAUACCCCCUGAAGGAGCCAUCCGUCUCGCCAUGGGCCUUAAAGUAAACAAAACUAUCAAAUCCCUGAAUAUGGGCAUGAACCCCAUCCAGAAUGUCGGGUGCUGUGGGAUCCUCAAGGCUAUACAGGAAAACCCUCAUUCAGCUAUGGAGGCAUUAGAGUUUUCGGACAUCACAUUGAACCAGGAUUUUGAAGGCUUGUAUACGGCAGUGAAAGAAAUAUUCCCUGCACUUACAGUAAAGCAUGGGGGCAGAAUUGGCACAUUCAGAAAAGCAAAGGCUUGAAAAGUAUUAUACUGUAAGUGCUGUACAUUUAUGCCAGAAAAGAUGGAAAGAGUCUUGUCAAAGCCUUGUGGACAUUUUGUCAACAGAUGAACCAAAGGCAGGAUGCCUGCAAGAACAUCAUUUUUAAAGAGAUUACAUUUUUGAUGCCAUUUUUGAGAGCAUAUUCCUCUGAAUAAAACAUGUCUAGAUGAAAUAAAACUUGUUAAAUAUGCAAUCAAAUGAAAAUAAAGAUAAUUCAGAGGUAGUUUUCCAAAAACAUA